GAGGAGCAGCGCAGGGCGCGCCGCGGCCGGGGAGCAGGCAGCGCCGGGGGCACCAGCCGCGGGUCGCCAACUUUGCCCGUCCGCGCCGCGGGAGAGGCGACUCGCGCCCGCCUCGCAGCCGGGGAUGUGAGCGGGGCUCGCCCGCCGCCCGUCCUCCCGCCCCGGACCGGGGAAGACGCCGAGCGGGGCGCGGGAGCCGGAGAGCUGCCCGAGAGGCCACCCCACCGAGGAAGAGAGGAAUCGGGAUCGCAACUGCAGCAGCAGCAGCUGGGUGUGGAUGGCUCUUUUCUGGCUGCAGCGGGACCCUUCCUUCCCCAGCAGGAUGGUUCCUGGGUUGGUUCUUAGCGUGUGUCUCCUGGCCUUGCUGGUUCUGAGCACGGACGCCUCUGCAGUCAGCAACUGGUGGAAUUUGGUGCCCAGAAAAACAGUGUCCUACAACGAACUGAAAGAAGUGACCAAACAUUUCUCCAGGGUAGGAGUGUCCAACUAUACAACACUGACCUUGGCUGACCCCAAAGGACUGCUCUACGUUGGGGCGCGAGAAGCCAUCUUUGCCCUAAGCACCAGCACCAUGGAGCUGGAGGAAGCAAUACUUUGGGAGGCCCCAGCAGAGAGGAAAGCGGAAUGUGUCCAAAAAGGCAGAAGCAAUCAGACCGAAUGUUUCAAUUACAUCCGUUUCCUCCAGACCUAUAACAGCUCUCACAUGUACACUUGUGGUACAUACGCCUUCCAGCCCAAAUGUGCCUACAUUGAUCUGGCCACAUUCUCCUUGGACCGAUUCUCCUUUGAGGAAGGCAAGGGCAAAUGUCCGUAUGAUCCGGCCAAGGGAUACACUAGCCUCAUUGUGGAGGAAGAGCUGUAUUCCGCAACACACAACAACUUCCUGGGUACUGAUCCCGUGAUCCUGCGCAACCUGGGCCCCCAGUAUUCCGUCAAGACGGAGCACCUGCCUACAUGGCUGAAUGAACCCCACUUUGUGGGCUCAGCAUUCAUCCAGGAGAGCAAAGGCAGUGAUAAAGGAGAUGAUGACAAAGUUUACUUCUUCUUCAGCGAACGUGCGGUGGAGUAUGAUUGUGACAUUGACCAGGUGGUGGCUCGAGUGGCUCGAGUCUGCAAGGGGGAUGUCGGAGGCGCCCGUACUUUGCAGAAGAGGUGGACGACAUUUCUGAAGGCCCGGUUGCUGUGCUCUAUUCCAGAGCAGCAGCUGCAUUUUAACCGGAUCCAGGGAACCUACACACUGAAUGGUGAUCACUGGCGCGAGACCAGCUUUUUUGGGGUCUUCCAAGCACGCUGGGGAGACGUAGAUGUUUCUGCUGUUUGCCAGUACCAGAUUCUGGAUGUGCAAAAAGUGUUUGAAGGCCCCUACAAGGAAUACAGUGAAAUUGCUCAGAAGUGGAUUCGCUACUCCGACCAGGAACCGGUCCCCCGUCCGGGAGCUUGUAUCACGGAUUGGCACCGGCACAACAGCUUCUCCACUUCUCUGGAGCUCCCAGACAACACCCUGAACUUUGCAAAGAAGCACCCGCUGAUGGACAAGGCCGUGCCACCACAGGGCAACCGCCCCUUGCUGGUCAAGAAAGAUGCCAACUUCACCCAGCUGGUGGUGGAAAGAGUUCACGGAUUGGAUGGGAAACCGUACGAAGUGCUGUAUAUUGGGACAGAGAACGGCUGGCUGCACAAGGCAGUGGCCUUGCCUUCAGGUGUCCAUCUCAUAGAAGAACUGCAGGUUUUUGAGGAAGCCCAGCCAAUCAAGAGCCUGGUGUUAUCAGUACAGAAGAGGGUCCUCUUUAUUGGUUCCAAUUCACAAGUUAUCCAGGUACCUGUGGCUGACUGCAGCAAGUACCGGACGUGCUCCGACUGCAUUCUGGCCAAGGACCCGUACUGUGCCUGGACUUGGAACGGAAGUCGUUGUGUCCGCAUCGAUGCUUACGAUGGGACCUCAGUGCUGUUCCAAGAUUUGAGAAUGGAGCCAAUGAUGUGCAACCCCUUGCGUUCUUCCAGGCCAGGGACCAAGAUCGUUUCCAAGAACAUCACCGUGAUGGUCGGAACAGAUCUGGUGCUACCUUGCCGACUCACCUCCAACCUUGCUAAGGCCUUUUGGACCUUCAAUGGGCAGGAUUUGGCUGAAAAACAAUCUUCUGUGGUCUACGAUGCCCAUCUUCAGGCACUGAUUGUCCUGGGCAUCAGUCUGAAGCACGCUGGGUUGUACAAGUGCAUCCAGCUGGAGGAGCUGAACGAACUGAUGGCUGAGAGUUACCAGGUCAAUGUGUUGUCUGGCCCAGCCGUGUCGCUGGAGACCCGGGCUCCCUUGGACAACUUGGGCCUGGUCUGGGUGUUUGUGAUUGCUCUGUCGGCCUUCUGCGUGGUUCUCCUACUUGUGGUGUUUUCCCUGAAGCGCAGGCUGAAAGAAGAACUUGAGAAAGGCUCCAAGGCCAUUGAGAGCACCCUUGUCUACCCCAUUGAGUUGCCCAAAGAGCCCAAGAGCCCCACCUUCAUUCCCAGCACCACCUCGGACUCUGACGAGAAGCUCUGGGACCCGGCCAGCUACUACUAUUCUGACGGUUCCCUGAAGAUUGUCCCGGGCCACGCCGUGUGCCAGAACGGGGGCACCACCCCCUCGCCCACCACUAACGGCAUCCCAGGCCAGCCCCUGCAGUCCCCGCACCUCCAUUCGCCCAACCGCAUCAACCUGGGCAACAUCCGGGGCUCGUCUUCCAAUGGCUACAUCCGCCUCAAUUUGGGCACUGAGGAGCGGCCGGACUACAGUGACUUGGCCGAGGAGCUGCGCCGGAAGCUGAAGCAGAGGCAAGCUCUGCCCGACUCGAACCCUGAGGAGUCUUCGGUAUGAGCUGCCCUGCAGACUGGUCUGACGAUUACUCAACUACCUCAUCUACCAGGCCGGGAUCACUGCCCCCAGCCACAACGCCGCCUUCUUUUUAAGAAAAGAACCUAGACGCUUUUGUAACAGGCUUCCUCACAGCCCCAGUUUUGAUACACUGCCAAGACCCCGUCCCUCGCAGCUCAUGCCUUGUCCAGUGUUCUCCACUGUGCUUCCUUGGGGACCAUUCCCAGGAUUUUGUGAGUGGUGGUCUUCGUCCCUUCACCUUGGAUGUUGAGUCCGAGCCUCUAGAGACUUACCCUUUGGCGCAUGGGGGUGUUGAAACGGUUGUGCGAAAGGCAAGCUGGAGCGGAAUUCCCGUGGCGAGGUUGCUGUUGGCUUCAUAGCAAUCGAUUCCACGCUUCUCUGUUCUGUCCUGGCUGCCUGCAGCGGCUGGACUCCGCAGCCAGUGAUUUUCCCCAAAAGAAAGGCUAGGGACCAGGAGGAUGGCCAAUAAUUUCCCCUCCCAAAGGAGGACCACUUUGGGGAGAACAGGACCUCGGAAAGACAGGCAUCCUAAGGGGCAGGGGCAAGGGGUGUGUUAGGAAACUCAACCGAAGAGAAGGGGUAUGUUGGGGGGUGGGGAACACUCUUAGCCAUAGCUUGGCAUCCAUCCUCUCUCAUGGCCACGUUUGAAAGUGUGUGGAAGAGACACGCUCAAGCUGCACAAGAACUUUCCUUUUCUAGCAGUGGUGGGAUGGGGAACACUUGGUCCUGAUGUCCUUCUGGGGGGCUGCAGGAGGUCUGAUGUCACUGGAGUCGGUGAGCAAAGCUUUCCAGCCCAAUUGCUCAGGGGUUUUAAGGCGUGCAAGGCUUAAGCCAGUGUUUCUUGCCCUUGGCGACUGGAAGAUGGGUGGACUUCAACUCCCAGAAUUCCCCAGCCAGCCAUGUUGAAGUCCACCCAUCUUCCAGUCACCAAGGUUGAGAAAUGGUGGCUUAAGAUGUCUGUUUUGCCCCUUUAAACUCUCCUUGCAUCUUCACCAAAAAAAAAAAAAGGCAUCCAAUUUUUUUGAUCCUUUUCAUUUUGGGGGCUCUUUGGGCCACAUGCAAGGAAUGGGUUGACUGGGGUAAUUCUGAAAGAGUGGAUAAAGGGAUGGAUUGGGGUCAGUCCCACAUGGCGCACACUCUCCGCUAAUGCCUUGCACGGUCCCUCUGCAGAUGGGUGGUUCAGGUAGGAGAAUCACACCCUCCCAUUCUGCAAUUGGGCUAUUACAUAUCAUCUGCCCUGUCUCCUUCAUAGCACCCCAGGCCCCCUUCCUGCAGGAUACAUGCAGCUUCAGGAAGGGGGUGUGCAUGUGCACUCACGCGCUUGGGUGCAAUGGUCUUCUGCAGGUGGAUUAAGGAAAACAAGUGCCAUCAUGUGUUUCAUCCCUCAAAUUGCAUUCUUUGCAUUGUUCAGUGUCAUGACCCAUGUGACAUUUUGUUUCUGCCAGACAACGUGUGUGUGUGUGUGUGAGUGUGUGAGAGAGAGCGAUCGAGAAAUGCUUCGUUCACCCAAGAUGCCUGACUGGGUCAAGGGCAGACCUUGCAGAUGCAGUCGCCCAACACGUGAAUUGGUUUGUGGGAAACCUUGGCUCGUUUUAGGGUGAGGCGCAAGCCUAGCCCGUUUGGUGAAUUUAUGGUUUGGCAUGUUGGGUGACUCCAGAAUGUAGAUGGAAUUGGCCACAAGGUUGAAUGUAUUGGGUAAAUACAGCUAGUGAGCAUCAGAGAAAGAGAAAUGCCCUUUCUAAAGAAAUGAACAAAACUGAAUUUCUCCGCCCUCCUUUUUCAGUAGGGAGCAUGCAAUUACCUACAUCCAUUCCAGCCCCUGGUAGUCUUCCAUGUGGCCAUUCCCUUUUCUGUCCUGCAUGCUUCUCUCACUAAAACAUCUCCCAUCACCAGAUGUUUGGUUUCCUUCUUCCUGGACCCUCUUCCUUAAAACACUACAAUGUACAUAAUGAACACAGUAGCUCAGUUGUUCCGCCCCAAACUGUAAUUUAUUUGUUAUUGAAAUGUAUUUAUUUGACGGAAAUGUACAAAUAUUUUUAUACUAAUAAUAAAAUGAAGAAGAAGAAAGGGAAAAAAAGUCA